AUGCCGUCGGAUGGGCCUCAAAAACGCAGAUUCGAGACGACAGCCGCAGAGUCCACCAAGUCAAGUACAGGACGUGUGAUUCUUGUCACUGGCACAGCUGGCUUUGUGGGCUAUCAUUGCGCCAAAUUCUUCAAAAAACGUGGCGAUGGCGUGCUGGGACUGGAUAAUUUCAAUCCUUACUAUCCAGUAGGCAUCAAGUACGACCGAGCGCAGGACUUGGAAGACUCCGGCGUCUACACCAUUAAGGCAGAUCUCAACGACAGAAGUAUGUUGGAUCACAUCCUCCAGGAGUACAAGGUCACCCACGUUUUGGCACUGGCUGCGCAGGCAGGUGUGCGAUAUGCCACCAAGGACCCUGCCUCCUAUGUGGCUUCCAACGUGGCAGGUUUCGUUCAACUCUUGGAAGCUUGUCGCUUUUGUGAUCCCCAGCCACGCAUUGUGUACGCAUCCUCAAGCUCGGUCUACGGCUUGAAUACAGUGAGCCCCUUCUCGGAAAGCCAUCAAGUGGAUAAACCGGCCAGCCGCUAUGCGGCGACCAAGAAAGCGAACGAGAUGAUUGCGCACACCUAUCGUCACAUCUAUGGCCUGUCCAUGACGGGCCUUCGGUUCUUCACCGUCUAUGGGCCUUGGGGCCGUCCUGACAUGUUCGCCUUUUCAGCGACCAUCAAGAUCCACAAAGGUGAGGCCUUGAAGAUUUUCCAAGGCCCCGGUGGAUCGGAGCUGGAACGAGAUUUCACCUACAUCGACGACAUCGUCCAGGGCUGUGUCGCCUCAGUGGACCGCAUCCCGGCCUCCACCAAAGAGACGGCACAUUUCAAGGUCUAUAACUUGGGCAACAAGGAUCCAGUGACAGUGACCUACAUGAUUGAGUGUCUUGAGAGAGCUAUCGGCAAAAAGGCGAUCAAGAACUAUGUUCCGAUGCCACCCACGGGAGAUGUGCUGAAGACCAGCGCAGACGUCUCGCUAGCAACUCGGCGAAAAGCUCAGCUGGUGAAUGUCAAGGCGGAAAAGGAGCUGGAUUACAAGCCAACCACAUCACUACAGGACGGCAUCAACAAGUUUAUUGCCUGGUAUGACGGUUACUACAAGGACGGCUUGACGAAGGAGAUGGCCAGUUAUGUGCCAUACUAG